UGUCCUCUGAAAAAUCUCUGCUAAAAAUGGAGAGAAAGUUUAUUUUCGUGAUUGCCAUUACAUUACUGAGGGUUAUGGAAGACGGUGCAUUGUGUGAUAACGAACAAAUUAAGUUUUUCCUAAAGGAUUUCGAAGUAACUCAAGUAAGGGAAAUCGAGCCCACUCUUUACAGUUCAAAAUUUAUGACUUUGCGAGAUAUGGUAAAAAGUUUUGAAAUGCAGAUGAAAGGGAAAAAUUUAAAGAUAGACUUAAGGAACUUUUACCCUUUGCAUCAUGUGGCUGCAGUUGAAUAUAUCUCAAAAUCACGAAAUGCUUCUGGAGAUUUUUUGAGCAACGAAUAUAGGCUUUAUCAAGGUCAAGUCCGAAAUUUAAAAGAUUCAUUUGUCUUAGGAUUUUUUACUAGCGAAAACGCUUUCCGAGGUUAUAUUAUGAUGGAUGAAAUUUAUUGUGUUGAGCCUUACAGUUCAGUUAAAUCGAAAGGGCAAAAAGGAACGGUUAUUGUUUACAAGCUCAUGGACGUAAUUGCGCCCGGUUGCAAGAAAACUGAAGGAAAACUUCCGAUAGAUUGUUCAAAAGCAAAAUAUUACCUCCCUGGGAAGGCCUUGAAUCCGCCUCCAUUGCCCAAAGAAAUGUUAUAUGCGGAUGAUUUCUUUGAAGAACGUUUUGAUUGGAAUGAAAACACGGUAGAGGAUGACAGAGAUGAAGAUCAUGCCAACAUGAGCUAUAAAAGUCAGGAGAAAUCCAAAGUGGAUGGCGAGGGUCAAAAGGAUACCAACAAUGACCAGAGAUUUCCUAAAACUCAUAAAAAAGGGAACGAUUAUAAGGAUAAAAAACACUCGCACAAAGAUCAUCAUGAAAAAGAAUUAAAUAAAACUGAAGUUGGUAGUCAUAGUCAUAAGCAUGGCAAUUACAGCAGAAAGAAGCACAAUAAGAAUUACGAUGAAUCCGAUUCCGCUGAUUAUUUAGAGGAAGCUGUAUUAGAAUCUAAGAAUAGUCUUCCUUCUGGUUUCAAUUUGACUGAGAUAGCAAGGACACUGGACAAUUUGAUGAGUUUAGAAUAUAUUAUUUCAUCCUUUGAUGAAACUGACAAUGAGAUAGAUACUGAGAGGCAAAACAGGAACGAAGGUUAUGGGGAAAAACUAUUUGAGAAUUCUUAUAAUCAAAAUGUGAAGAUCUCCAAAGAGAAAAAAAUCUUAAAAAGGGAAACGAACAAAGAAGAACAAAUGGAGCACGUUUGCGAUAUCGAAGCUAUAAUUGAUCCAUCGAUGGUAAAGAAAUUUCAUGGCCGAGAUGAUGAUGUAGUCAAGGACAUAUACAUUCAAACACAGCUGCUGAAUAAGAUAUUCGAGAAGGUGAAACUGAAAAAAGAAGGAGGAAUUAUCCAUUCAGUUUUCCACAUCAAUAAAAUUGUAACGUAUGCUGAUCACACUCACAGCCCAUUCUCACAUGAUACUGACCUGAAAUAUUUCACAGAAAAUCACCGGGAAGCAAGAAAAUAUUGUCUUUCCAUAGCUUUUGUGAACAAGCAAUUAAAAUCCAAAGAAAUAUUUGAAGGCUACAUUCCCAAAGUUGGCGGCGGAGUCUGUUCUCGCAACGGAAAUGUCAUAUUAGUCAGUCACGGAGACACAAACGCCCCGGCACCCAUGGCUUUGUAUUUUGCUGCUUAUCUGAGGGCUGUGACUCGUGCAUUUGGGGCUGCGGACACAGAUAAGGACUGUCAAAAAGGAAAUCCUCCGAAUCCCAUGGAAGAGAUACAGAAGCUGAUCCUAGGCAAGUCCUUCGACCCUCCUAAAAGUAUCAGUAUCUUUUCCAGUUGUAAUGUACAAGAUAUCAUCCACGUUCUCCGAAAGAAAGACUGCUUUCAGAAGAUAAAACAUGACACUUGUGGCAAUGGUAUUCGAGAAGAAAAUGAAAUAUGCGACUGUGGACCGAGCUUCGUUUGUGAUUCUAUCGAUUCGUGCUGCACACCAGCCCAUUCUGCCGACUCUCGUACAAAAGGAUGCCUCCUUCGUAAUAAGGCCAAAUGCUCUAUCACUGACGGAUGCUGCAGCAACUGCCAGAUUAUUAACCAAACGGUGAAAUGUUUCAGUGGAAAUAAUGAUUGCGAUAUUGGGAUGUGCGACGGGAAGACUGCCAGUUGCCCUAAAGGACAAACUGCAUCACUUUAUAUGGUAUGUGGUGAGCAGAAACGUGGCGCAGCUGUGGAUGCCCAACUGUGCGAAAACGGAGUCUGUUCAAAGAGUCUGUGCGCAUCCAAAGGACUUUUACCAUGUUCAUGUGCGAACGUUACCGGAAAAAGUUGCAUGUAUUGUUGCAUGAAGGACGGCAAAUGUUUGUCAGCCACUAAAGAUUUGAAAUUAUACAGUGGAAAGCAUUUCUUCCUCGAGGAUGGUACAGACUGUCCAACUGGAACUUGUUUAAACGGACUUUGCAAACCAAAAGUUGGUCGACUGGCUGCGCCCAAUGUUGUACACCCAGAAAGCACUAGGCGGAAAAUCUCGGGCACCGCAAGAUUAGAAGUUUAUUUCUUGCCUGUUAUCACGUGCUUGUUCUCUGUCACGUUAAAUGUUAAUCUUAUUCCACGGAUAUGCACAAGUUCCUUCUGUUGAAAUACCAGAAAGUCUUUUAGCAAAUAUUUAUUAUAUUUAGAAUCUUUUUUAAAAUUAGCUAUUGUUCAGAGAUAAGUUUUGGGAUUAAUUUGUAUGUGCCUCAUUCACGAUAUUUACGAAUUAAUUAUACCAAUUUUGAAACUUUUUUUCAAUAAAUUGAAUCUGAUUGCUCGAAAA